AUGUCACCGCCGUGCCUACCAGCCGAUUGCACAUUCCAACUACAAAAACCAGGCAAGCGACACCGCAAGGACAUGUACCAUUAUAAGGCCCCCUGCUGCCAGCUGGUGGGCGAUUGUGUGGAGGGACACGUCACGCAAGGGCGCUGGAUCUUCAAGGAUGGCUCCAUGUUUAUGGGCAAGUUUGCAGAAAGCAAGCCUACAGCAGGGUUGUACUUCUACUCGACGAGCAAGCUCAUGCAGGAGGGCCACUUUCUCAAGGACGGCAUGUGGGUGGGGCACAGGGACCCCGUCAUAGGCAAGGAGUUCACGGUGACCUGA